GCAGUGUCAUCGAGCACUCGACUUCUUCCUCUGGUGAAGUGGGUUUACUUGAACUUGAAGAAAGGAAAAAAAAAUGUCUCCACUUCUGAGAAGCAUUUUUGACAUCACUGAAAUUUUCAAUCAAUAUGCCUCACAUGAUUGUGAUGGAGCAGCACUAAGCAAGAAAGACCUAAAGAACCUCCUUGAAAGGGAAUUUGGAACUGUCCUUCAGAGACCACAUGACCCUGAGACGGUAGAAACGAUCCUGGGACUUCUGGAUCGCGACACUAAUGGAGUCAUUGAUUUCAAUGAAUUCCUCCUGUUCGUUUUCAAGGUGGCUCAAGCUUGUUAUUACGCUCUUGGUCAGGCCACAGUGCUAGAUGAGGAAAAGCGAGUCCAGGAUGAGAGAAAGGGCGGCCUGUCACAAGAUCGCAGGCAAGAAGACCAAAGGAGAUUCGAGCGCCAGGACAGAGAAGUAGACGAAGAACCUGGUCGCCAACGCUGGCAGAAGAGGCCCGAACUGGAGAGCGCUGAGGAAGAAGACCAGAGAAAGAAACAUGAGAGAUUUGAACAGCCUCAAGACGAGGAGCAGCGGCUGCAAAGGCAAGAACUGAAAGAACUAGAAGAACGCCAGGCAGAGGAACAGCUGCGGACGCACAAGGGUCGGGAUGCAGAGGAGUUUGCUGAGGAAGAACGUCAAAGCCGAGAGAAGCAGAAGCUGAGAAGGGACCAUGGCGAGAAGGAGCAACAACCACGGCAGGAACAAGAGCAGUGCGAGAGGGCGCUCCAGAAGGAAGAUGAGCGCCUACAAAGGCAGGAGCGACAGGAGCUGAAGAAGGAGAGCCCAGAAGAAGAGAGGCAGCUGCGGAGGCACAGGCUCGAGGAAAGGCGCGAGCAGGAGAGACAAGAACAACUGCUGAGGCGUGAGCAGGAGGAGCGCCUCGGGCAAGAAGAGAAGCGCGAGCAGCAGCUGAGGCGAGAGCAGGAGGAGAGAAGACUCCGGCAGGAGGAGAGGCACGAGCAAGAGCUGAGGCGCGAGCAGGAGCUGAGGCGCGACCAGAAGAGUCUCCAGCAGGAGGAGAGGCUCUGGCAAGAGGAGAGAAGACUCCAGCAGGAGGAGAGGCGCGAGCAACAGCUGAGGCGCGAACAGGAGGAAAGGCUCUGGCAAGAGGAGAGAAGAUUCAGGCAGGAGGAGAGACGCGAGCAGGAGAGAAGACUCGGGCAGGAGAGGCGUGAGCAGGAGCUGAGGCGCGAGCAGGAGAGGCUCCAGCAGGAAGAGAGGCGAGAGCAGCAGCUGAGGCGCGAGCAGGAGGAGAGGCUCCGGCAAGAGGAGAGAAGAUUCGGGCAGGAGGAGAGGCGCGAACAGCAGCUGAGGCGCGAGCAGGAGGAGAGGCGAGAGCAGGAGGAGAGGCUAGAGCAGCAGCUGAGGCGCGAGCAGGAGAGAAGACUGGGGCAGGAGAGGCACGAGCAGGAGCUGAGGCGCGAGGAGAGGCUCCGGCAGGAAGAGAGGCGCGAGCAGAGGCUCCGGCAGGAGGAGAGACGCGAGCAGCAGCUGAGGCGCGAGCAGCAGCUGAGGGGCGAGGAGGAGAGGCGUGAGCAGGAGGAGAGGCGUGAGCAGGAGGAGAGGCAUGAGCAGGAGGAGAGGCGCAAGCAGCAGCUGACACGCGAGCAGGAGGAGAGGCGCGAGCAGCAGCUGAGGCGCGAGGAGGAGAGGCGUGAGCAGGAGGAGAGGCGCGAGCAGGAGAGAAGACUCGGGCAGGAGAGGCGUGAGCAGGAGCUGAGGCAGGAGCAGGAGCGGCUCCAGCAGGAGGAGAGGCGUGAGCAGGAGGAGAGGCGAGAGCAGCAGCUAAGGCGCGAGGGGGAGAGAAGACUCGGGCAGGAGAGGCGCGAGCAGGAGCUGAGGCGAGAGCAGAAGGAGAGGCGCGAGCAAGAGGAAGAGCAGCUGCGCCGCCAGGAGCGUGACAGGAAAUUCCGUGAGGAGGAACAACUGUUCGGCCAGGAACGUGACAGAAGAUUCCGUGAGGAGGAGCAGCUCCGUCAGGAAAGGGAAGAAGAGCAGCUGCGCCGACAGGAACGCGACAGACGAUUCCGUGAAAAACAGCUGCGCAGCCAGGAGCAAGACAGAAGAUUCCGUGAAGAGGAGCAGCUGCGUCAGGAAAGGAAAGAAGAGCAGCUGCGCCGCCAGGAGCGCGACAGGAAAUUCCGUGAGGAACAGGAGCUUCGUCAGGACAGGGAGAAAGAGCAGCUCCGCCUUGAGGAGCAGCAACUGCGCCGCCGAGAACGAGAGCAACAGCUUCGACAGGAACGCGACCGAAGAUUCCGUGAGGAACAACUCCGCCAGGAAAAGAAGGAGGAGCAGCUGCGCCAAGAGGAGCGCGACAGAAGAUUCCGUGAGGAGGAGCAGAUCCGUCAGGAAAGGGAGGAAGAACAAUUGCCUAGCCAGGAACGACAGAGUCACUACCAGACUGAGGAGGCCUUUGUCAGGGAGAAGAAUAGUCUGGAGCAAGAACUUCGGCAAGCAGAACAGAGAAGUCGCCUGGAACGAGAAAGGAAAUUCCAAGAAGAGCAGGUCCAACGCCAAAAGGAGGAGCAAAGGCGUAGCAAAGUCCAGGAGAGGCGAUCCCGAGAAGAAAAGGGUGAUCUGGAGCCUGGCAAACGUCAGUUUGCCCAUGUUCCAGUGGUGCGCUCCAGCCCCCUCUAUGAAUACAUCCAAGAGCAGAGAUCUCAGUUCCGCCCUUAAGAGCUGCUGCAACAUGCUAACAUAGGCCAAAGCUUCAAGCAAAAGAAAAUGAGAAGCCCUGGGUACCAAGUGAUAACUCACGUGAUAACUCAUGUGCUUCUGGUUAUGGGAAAACUCUCUAAUGUUAAAAUUUGUCUUUUCUUCCAAAAUCUUAAGCUAUAGUUAUUUCAUUACUUUGUACUCCUGCCUUUUAUUCUUCCUUGGGUACUUCUUUACUACAAAAUGUCUUUGCUCCUUGGUGAAGAUUUGGUGUGCCUUUUUAAAAACACAACAGUCAUGUGUUUAUGGAGUUUUGAGGAACACGUUGAUGUAUUGCCUUUAAAAAUAGCAAGAAUAAUACAACAAUUUGAGGCUCAAGGCAACUAAAUCUAUUUUUUAAUGGCUGAUCAUCUUGUGGAGAUUAUGUAUUUAAAGUUUUUUUUCCCCCUUGGGCCCAAAUUUCAUUAAUCUUUACCACCAAAAUGCUUUUUGGGGGGUGUUUGUGUGCAUCAUGAUUAUCACAGAUUCCACUAGGUGAGUGAAUUUUUACAGACCUUGAAUAGUGCAGGAAUGACUUCUGCAGAAAAAUUCUCUGUGAAAUGAGCCCUUAAUUGUAAUAAGUAUUUGCUAAGAAUAAGGUAUAGCUUAAAGAUUUAGAAUGUGGGAUUUUUUUUUUUUUACAUUGACUUGCACAUAAACCCUUAAGAUCUCAUGAAGCAAAAGAAAAGUGUUUCUCAACCUCAGAGCGCAAAUUUGUAAGUGUCUACUGUAGUUUGUAGUGCUCAGUUCUAGUACUCCAAGUUUUGAUGGGUUUCAAAAUAUUACCAUUUUUGUUCAUUUUAAUUUACAGGGAACCUAAGCAAGAUCCUAUAAACAUCUACCUUGUUAUAAGGCCAAUAAGGUAUCCCAGAAGGCAUAUUUGAGGAAAAAACGGGGAAAGUGUGUGUAUAUGUGUGUGUGUGACAGAGGGGCAAGUUUCGAGAGUCUUUGACAAGACUUAUGAUCCCAAUUCCUUUGAAACCUGUUACUACCUUGGAGAAUUUCUUGCUGAAAUAAUUGGAUUGUAUGAAAAAUUAAUAAAUGUUUGGCAGAUAAUGA